GGCUGGGCUUGGAGUCUGUCAGUGCGCGGCCAUGGGCGCCGAGGACCUGCUGAGGACCCUACUCUACACCGUCAAUAACUUGUUGCAGCAGCGCAGAUAUGAGGCCGCGCUGGCCGUAGUCAAGGGCUUCCGUAACGGAGCGGUGUAUGGAGCAAAAAUUCGUGCCCCCCAUGCUUUGGUGAUGACUUUUCUGUUCAGGAGUGGAAGCUUAAGAGAGAAAUUGAAAGCAAUUGCUCAGGCAACGUACACACAUUCUAGAAACCUGGCAUAUUUUGUAUUCACAUACAAAGGACUGAGGGCCCUGCAGACCCGAAUACAGGGAAAGAAGAUCCCAUUUCACUCUUUCCUUGCAGCCUGCAUUGGGGGCUGGUUAGUGUUUGGGGAAAAUAAUAAUAUCAACAGUCAGAUAAACAUGUACCUGUUGUCUCGUAUCCUGUUUGGACUGUCCCGAUUGGCAGUGGAGAAAGGUUACAUCCCACAGCCAAAACAAGAUCCCUUCCCAUUUUUUGCUGCCAUGGUAUGGGGAAUUGUCCUCUGGCUCUUUGAGUAUCACCGCCACACUCUACAACCAUCUCUGCAGUCCUCCAUGACCUACCUAUAUGAUGACAGUAAUGUUUGGCAUGAUGUUUCUGACUUUCUCAUAUAUAACAAAAGACCUGCUAGCAAAUAGUCUUUGCAAUAUGGCACAUUCAAGUAGCACAACUUAAUAUUUUUUCCUGAACACACUUGACUAAAAACAUACAGUUGUUAACAUUGGAUGUAAAUCUCUCCUUGUGUCCUGGUUUAAAUAUUUUGUGUAAUCUGGUAAUCUUUGUGGGAUAAAUGAGAGAGCCCAUAUUGCAAGAAGUCAUCUUCCAUUUUCUUAUGAAGUGCCCCUAUUUUCUGCAAGGAGACCAAUUUCCAUUUUUAUGCUAACAGCUGUGGAAUUUCUUUGGGGUGGGAAAACAAGUGAAAAAUUCACUGAUCUUGAAAAGUUCACACAACUUGAAAGAAAAUCGUGAAUAUAUUUUAUAUAAUGCAGUGAAAAUAUUUUAUAUAAUGUUGAAAUACUAGAUGAUGCAGUUAACUCUCCAAAUGCAUUUAUAUGAUACAAUUCCUUCACUAUAUGAGCAAUAGAAGAAAUUGGUUAGUUCUCUCUGAGGCACGUUAAAGAUUAAGUUCUGAACAUUUGGGUGCAAGUCUCAUAAUUAGAAAUCUUUUGAGACAAUGUCUUUGUAAUAUCCUUUGGCUUAUCUGUUGCACU